UGGGAUCGCAGUUAGAUCGAAGGUGUUGGUGAGGAUAUAAUCCUCGAGGCCAGUGCAGACCUACCUCACGUCGUACAGCAGGGAGACUUGCUACUGUUGUGAGAUUGGCGCAUCGUGUUCAGGAAAAUUCUUUACUCCCCGCCCAUCUCUGUGCAGCCUGCGGCUCUGGUGCAUGGCCCUGUCCAGUCCAUCCUUGUACCCCUCCCGCUCUGCAGCAACAAAGGACCCGGCGCCGGCUGCAAGCGAUUGCCUCCGGUGCCCAACGCCCUCCCUAUCGAUUUCCCCAUCUCAAUCAACUUCUAGGUCCCCACUACUGCAAUCUGGAAACAAAUGCACCCAGAUGUCGACACCUCAGCCCGCUGAGGGUUCUCAUCCUACCUCGAUCCUGAAUUUGACCAAAAAGUUCAGACACCUUGGACGGCUUCCCGCGAGCUGGAUCAAGGCAGCAGACGAUCGUACUCCCCCAGAACAGUCCUACCUCUGCGACACCUGCCUUCGUCUAGAUCUGAACCUCGAGUCAUUCUACAUCAAAGAAGAUGAACGGGACUUUGAAAGGACGCAUAAGCCUCGCUAUCUGGGCAGACUCUCCCAGAUUCGCCAUAAAACCCAUUGCCCUCACUGCCGCCUGGUGCUCGAGAUAGCCGACCGUCCCUCUGAUCAACGAAACCCGAGUCUCCAUGCCGACGAUGAUCCGCUGUGCUACGCACGUUGGGUGAUAGAUGGGCAGGAAGAUUUAGGGCCCGAUCCCAAUCGCCCUGGAGAACAUAUAUUCAAGCCCAGGACACGACGGUUACUAAUAUAUAGUGACCCUCAAGCAUUUAAAGAUGGAUAUAUAGUCCUUCUUGCGGACGACGCUCCCAGCCGAGAAUUCUUCGGGCGCAGGAUUGCUUCUCCUGACCUACUCGAUCCUCACCAACUUCGUCAGUGGCUGCACGACUGCGAAACAUAUCACGGGAUGGAAUGUGAAGAGUCGCUGGUACACCCUGAUCUUCUGGGACAACCGAAAGAUGUCUUUCGCGCGAUCGAUGUGGACAAGAUGUGCAUUGUCGAAACUCCCCAGUCAUCCCGCUAUGUCGCCUUGAGUUAUCUUUGGGGUAAGAACUUCGCCCAAUUGUUUACAACCUCUAAGAACCUGCCGAAACUGUCACAACCGGGUGCGCUCGAGAAGGAAAAACUUCCUCGGACGAUCAAGGACGCCAUCAAGCUCACCAAAAUGUUGCAAGAGAAGUAUCUGUGGACAGAUAGCCUGGCACUGUUGCACGACGACGGAUUUCAAUAUCAUGACGACUGGGUAUAUGCUAGAGCCGCUCUGACCGUGGUUGCGGGUUCGGGUAAGGACGCGAAUGCUGGUCUCCCAGGAGUAAGAAAAGAGUCUCGGACAUUCCAUCAAGAGAUCGAAGAGGUCAAGCCUGGCUUGCGCUUAAUGGUGUCUCAUCUCGCUGAAGAUUAUAUUUCAACCUCACAAUGGGAUUCUCGUGCCUGGACUUUCCAGGAGAGAAUGCUUUCGAGGCGGUGUCUUCUGUUUGUUAAUGGACGGAUAUACUAUCAGUGCCGGCGGACCACUUUCUGCGAAGACAUGGAGAUGCCGCGGUCCAACGGCUGGUCCUUGGACUCGAUCGACAUGCCAACGAGGAUCUUCAGGGAGAAACCCUUUGUUCAGUUCACAUCAGCGGUGGAGCUAUACACCCGACGAGAGUUGACGAAUCCCAACGACAUCCUGAACGCCUUCGAAGGGGUGCAGCUGGUGUUGGAAAAACGGAUAGGAGACAGCAUAUUCUUUGGCGCACUGGAGACAAUGCUGGAUCCCUCAUUGCUGUGGGAGUCAACGAAGAGGUUGUUUCGACGGGUUGGGUUCCCCAGUUGGUCGUGGUCCGGCUGGAUGGGAGAGAUUCAAUGGAAGUACACCGAGGUCGCUCGCUCGUGGAUUGAAUGGCAUGCUGAUCAGGCCGUCGGCAUUCAUUCCUUCCCCAAACAAGCCUAUGAACGGAUACCGCCACCUAUACCCCUGCCCGAAAAUCUUGGACCGAUGUCGCGCCACAACCUGAGCACCAUGCUCCCCUUACUACACUUCCGAACUGUCACGGCGCAGUUCAAACUCACGUCGCCGGCACUUAUUCACAAAUCAGUAAUUUCACCCUUGAGAAAGAGGCUGACUGGCCCGAGUGCCUUGUCCACCGUUCGACCCGCUCCCGCAGACCCUGGACUGAUCAGAGCAGGGAUUGAGGAUCGGAAUGGAUUGUGGUGCGGCACUAUCGAUCUUGAUGCGGCUUGGAUGCCACGUGUUGGGACGCCCCUGGAUUUCUUGGUCAUGUCUAGGGUAAGUAUGUUUACCGAUGAUGAAUUGGCUAUCUGGGAAGGCACAUUACCGGAUGACGUGGAGGACUUGUUGGCGCGUCGGGAUUAUGGCGUUUAUAUCGUCUUGUUGGUUUCCAAGAAAGACGGCAUAUAUCACCGUGAAGGGCUGGGACGGAUCUUGACAGAGGCAUUGGAUAGGGCCCUCGAGCCCGGGCCUAAGUGGGAGGAUAUAGUACUUGGUUGACACAACGGGCACGUUGUAUCUCUUGGACAUGAUACUGGAGAUACUGGAGGACCUCCUUGUCCAAUCAAAGCGUGGAUCAGAGCCACGGAUUGCCACUGGAGAUGCAACCAAUGGAAAUUGUCAAGGCUCGCAAGGCUGCUCGUACUCGUAUUCCGCUUCCAACCAAGAUCGCCAAAAACGUGGUAAUUGCAACCCCUCGCCAGGAACUUGGCCGGCCCCAAAUUGAUCCGCCUCGUCCA